CUAACUGUGUAUAAACUAACUGUGUGUGGAUAAACUAACUGGGUGUUUAUUUAUUUACAUUGUUUAUAGUCUGCCAAUCUCGUUUGGACUCAAGGUGGAUUACAGAGUAAUUCAAUAAAAUCAACAGCAUGGGGACAUUUUAAUAAACUGUGAAAUAGGUUAUAUAAGGGCACUGUGUAUCACACACUUCUCUCUGUGAUACACCCUUGAAGAUGCCGGCCACAGAUGCAGGCGAAACGUUAGGAACAAGAUCCACCAGACCAAGGUCACGCAGCCCGGAAAGCCCACCACAACCAGUUGAGUCCGGCCGUGAAAGCCUUCGACAAUACAUUGAGCCGCUUUCCUCCGUUUAGGAUUGCAGCGUUCAGCUCAGGACGCCAAACUUAACUCCGCCCAAUCAAAAUCUCUUCCCAGAUCUGCCUUUGGGGUGAAUUGCCCUUCUCCCCGCCCUUCUCUCCCCCAGCUGGCUGGAAAUGUGAGGGGGGAAAAUGAUAUUCAAAUUAUUUUCCUACAGGGAGAGAGGGAAACGAGCGAGAAGGUUCCUAGGAUUGCAAGAAUAAAGGAAGACAAUAUAACAAGGAUUAAAUACAAAAUAUCGGGCCGUGGAAUGUUUCUUCUUUGAAAUCUCGAACUCAGGCGCCCACCCCACGAACGAUUCGGGAUUGUUGGUCACCCAUCCCACUGCGGUUCUUGGAGGAAGGUCAAGCAGAUGGCUUCAACCUGGUGGCUGGGAAUCCAAACGGGGAAACUGCUGCCAGAGCCGAAGAAGGAUUCCUCUGGGGAGGCCUCUCGGGCGGGGACUGGACGGAGCCCCCAUGGAAGCGCGGAUCGCCGGCACAGCUUAGCGGAGCCCUGUUUGGGGGGUGGGGGCUUUUGGCGUCGCUCUCCUCGUUCCCCUCGCCCCCCCCCCGCCCCCCGGGGCCGGGCCCCUGUUCCGAAGACUGGCUCUUUCUGCCGCCGCCCAGAUGUUAGUGCACACGUAUUCGGCCAUGGAGCGCUCGGAGGGGCUGAACGGCAGCUCGGCGGGGGGCCGCCUCUCGCAGCUCUCGUCGCUGAACCAGGCGGCCGCCUACUCGUCGGCGCCGCCGCUGUGCCACACGCCGGCCUCGGACUUCCAGCCGCCCUACUUCCCGCCGCCCUACCCGCAGCCGCCGCUGUCCUACCCGCAGAGCCAGGAGGCCGCCUACCCGCACCUGGCCGACCCCUACGGCGCCAUCAGCCCCCUGCAGCAGCACCAGCACCAGCAGGCCGCCUGGCCCUCGCAGCGGGCCCGCCACGAAGAAGCCGCCGCUGCCGCCGCCGCCGCCGCCGCCGCCGGCCUCCUCUCGCAGACGCACCGCGCCGCCCUCGGCCUCGACCCGCGCGGCAGGGACUACCCGGGCGUGCCGCGCCUGCUCCACGGCCUCAGCGACGGCGCGCACGCCUUGAGCGACGGCCCGCUCGGCCUCCACGCCCUGGGCCACCCCAGCCUCGACGACAUCCAGGCUGUGGAUGAAACAGGCAUGAAUCUCUUGGACCAGUCUGUGAUCAAGAAAGAUGGAAAACUGAUGCUCAGAGAUAGUAUCUUAAAGCCACCAACAGCUAAGAUGAGAUCUGAAUUCUGGUCCCUUGUACAAAGCCAUCCGCUAGGCAACAUCAGUUCUGUCUCAGUGCCCAUUCCCUCAAAAGCCAAUGGCACCACCAUCUCCGCCCUGACGAUGAACAAGGACACCCUCAUCGGUGGAGUGACAAAUCCCAAUGAGGUCUUCUGCUCUGUGCCAGGCCGCCUCUCCCUCCUUAGCUCCACCUCAAAGUACAAAGUGACUGUCGGUGAAGUUCAGAGGCGGCUUUCGCCCCCUGAGUGUCUCAAUGCCUCCCUUCUGGGCGGAGUCCUCCGGAGGGCAAAAUCAAAAAAUGGAGGGAGAUGUUUAAGGGAAAGAUUGGAGAAGAUCGGGUUAAACCUACCUGCUGGGAGACGUAAAGCAGCGAAUGUUACCUUGCUAACAUCCCUGGUGGAAGGAGAAGCUGUUCACCUCGCCCGAGAUUUCGGAUAUGUGUGUGAAACGGAGUUCCCAGCCAAGGCUGCCGCAGAGUACCUCUGCCGCCAACACUCAGAUCCUGGUGAACUCCAUGCCCGGAAGAACAUGCUACUAGCAACCAAGCAAAUCUGCAAAGAAUUUGCUGAUUUGAUGGCUCAAGAUCGCUCCCCACUUGGAAACAGCCGCCCAUCAUACAUCUUGGAUCCUGGCGUUCAGAGUUGCUUGACCCAUUUCAGCUUAAUAACUCACGGUUUUGGGGGGCCAGCCAUCUGUGCGGCUCUGACAGCAUUCCAGAACUACUUGGUAGAGUCGCUCAAAGGGCUGGAUAAAAUGUUCAUGAACAGCACAGGGAAUGGCCACUCAAUCGGCGACUCCAAAACGUCAGAAAAAGAAGUGAAACAUCGGAAAUAGCCUCCUGCAUUUCUCAGCCAGCCCCUGUAAGAGAGUCCUUCCGUUCCCCAGAUCAUGAAAUUGGAGGCCCGGUCUUAUCAAUGUGUGGAUUGAAAGAAGCCAAUUUAAGAACUGCCUUCCUGCCAUGUUCCCUCAAACUGUGACAGAUGCCUCUCAGAAAUCAAGUAAAUGAAAAGUGAAGACUGAGGAAAAACAUCUAAGGGAACUUCAUUGUGAUGGAAGCCAACCCAGAUGCAUUGAUGAGUUUCUGUUGAUGCUUUUGAUUUGCAGUAGUGGGUAUCGGAAGCCAGCUCACAUGUGCAAUUACUUCUUUUUCAUCAUUUUCUUUUUGAAACCCACAAUCGUAAACUAUUGAGGUGUUUCUGAAGGCCUGGCCCAACAACACCAAAGCAGACAGGCCUUGGUGGAAUCAAGAGCUACUGAGGGUCAUGGAUUUUGACUUGUCUGAUGGGACAGUUCUGGAGGGAGUCAUAGAGAGAGAGGGAUGUCCACCGAGGCCCACUGUCAUUGUGUCUUCUGGUCAAGAAAAGAGUAACUUUACCAGCUCUGGGACUUUGUUUACAGAUUUUUGACUUAUUAGCAGUCACUGUGGAUUUUGUCCAGGCUUUAUGUGGAAGACCAUUAUCUAAGUUUUGCUAGCAUUUUCUGCAAGGAGAAUCAAAUCCCUGCAAAGCCUCCACUUUAACCCAGUGUCAUUUGGCUGGCCAAGACCCCAACAGAAGAAAGAUGUUACAACUCACCACCUCCCUCCCAGGUUUUCAAAACAUUAAUAAUGAUAUUAAGCAAUGAAUAAAUAAUAAUAAAUUAAUUAAUGAUUAAAGCACAAGGAACAGAACUUGAAGGAGGCCAAACCCAAACUGUUUUGAAAUCUGUAUAUAUUUAUUUAUGUGUAAUUAAAUCAAAAAAGUUUUAAAAUGUCCAGUGCGCGUUAUUUAUAUUCAAUUAAGUUUGAAAAUUCUUACUUUUUUUUUUUUUAAACAUAAGCCGGUCUUUGGAAUUUUCUGCAAUGAAGUUUUGAAUAGCAUGGACAAUAGCCUGUGAUGCUAAGAACUAGAGACAUUUUUCCCCGGUUUGGGGUUUGUUUUUCCUCUUUUGUACGUGCUGUUGUUUCACUUUAAAAGCUGCAAUAGAUGUACAGUGCCACCACCACACAAAUGUCAGUCAUUAUCUUAAUAAAACCUCUUUUUAUUUGCAAACAA